ACACACACAAUCACUCCGUUGCACACAUGCCAGGAUCCUCGCACUGUACCUGAGCACUCCACUCCACGCAGCGACCACCCACGCUGGGAUCCAGAGCGCGCAAGAGACGGGCAGAGUGGGAAGAACCCAUUGCUUUCCACAUCUGCACAGCUCCUUGGAGUCUCUUCAUCAUCUUUCCCGCACCAACACCUCAUCAUCAUCAUCACCACAGUCUCUUCAAGCCAGUUAGAUCAUGAACCUGCUCUUUUUUGGUUGCUAAGGAGGGGAAUUCGAGCUCCGCGGAGUGGACGAGGCGGUACUUACUAAGAGACCGAAAGAGAGAACAAGAGACCAAGCAUGGCCCAGGCCUCUCAGGACCAAGGAGCAGUGGGCAUAGCCGACCCAGAUGAGGAUUCACCCAACAUGAUUGCUUACAGAAAGAUUGAGGACAUCAUCACACGCCUCCAAGAUGAAACUGAAGGUGUGCCUGUCAGAACGGUCAAGAGCUUCCUGUCCAAGAUUCCAAGCGUUGUUACAGGUUCCGACAUUGUUCAGUGGAUGAUGAAGAACCUCAACAUAGAUGAUCCUGCGGAGGCCAUACACAUCGGCAGCCUAAUCGCCGCCCAAGGCUACAUAUUCCCUAUCUCUGAUCAUGUUCUCACCCUCAAGGAUGAUGGGACGUUAUACCGCUUUCAGGCUCCAUACUUCUGGCCCUCUAAUUGCUGGGAGCCAGAGAACACAGACUACGCCAUCUAUUUGUGCAAACGGACGAUGCAGAACAAGACCCGGCUGGAGCUGGCGGACUAUGAGGCGGAGAAUCUAGCGAGACUACAGAGGGCUUUUGCAAGGAAGUGGGAGUUCAUCUUCAUGCAGGCUGAGGCACAGGUCAAGAUCGACAGGAAAAAAGACAAAACGGAGAGAAAGAUUCUGGAUAGUCAAGAGAGAGCCUUCUGGGAUGUUCACCGUCCUGUGCCUGGGUGUGUGAACACCACAGAGAUGGACAUCAGGAAGUGCCGCCGCCUGAAGAAUCCUCAGAGGGUGAAAAAGUCAGUGUAUGGGGUAGUGGAUGACACACACACUCAGAGUCCUGUACACACACCCUCCCAGCAGAGCAGCAAGGACACCAGAGAGGACGUAGAGAAAGAGAUUCUGUUCUUGAACACUCAGUUGGAUCGGCACUGUAUGAAAAUGUCCAAAGUCGCUGAGACAUUAAUGAUCUACACAGAGCAGUAUCUUGACUAUGACCCCUUUGUGACAGUCCCAGAUCCAGCUAACCCCUGGAUCAGUGAUGAUAUCACUUUCUGGGAGCUUGAGGCCAGUAAGGACCCGAGUCAACCACGAGUAAAGAAGUGGGGCUUCUCAUUGGACGAGGCUUUGAAGGAUCCAGUGGGCCGUGAGCAGUUUCUUAAAUUCCUGGAGUCCGAAUUCAGCUCCGAGAACCUGCUGUUCUGGUUGGCAGUGCAAGAUCUGAAGUGCCGCCCCCUGCAGGAAGUGGCAGCUCGUGCUCAGGAGAUCUGGCAAGAGUUUCUUGCUGAGGGAGCUCCCAGUGCCAUCAAUCUGGACUCGCACAGCUACGAGCGCACCAGUCAGAAUCUAAAAGACCCGGGCCGCUACAGCUUUGAAGAUGCCCAGGACCACAUCUACAAGCUGAUGAAGAGUGACAGUUACCCUCGUUACCUGCGCUCCAAUGCUUACCAGGACCUCCUGCUGGCCAGAAAGAAGCCUGAGGCUGAGCAAGGUCGACGCACAUCCCUGGAGAAAUUCACUCGCAGUGUGGGCAAGUCUCUGACAAGUAAACGACUCACAGGCCUCAUGCAGUCCUCCUGACGAGUUCUGCAGUUUGCAGUCUGUUGGGGUGGAAGGAUUGUGGCCAUGACGGGCCACGUGUAUGGACAAACCCACCCGAACACCGCACAGCUACUGACUCUAGAUGGCAGCAUGCAAUAAGUAAAAAAAAAAAAAUCUCCAAAUGGCAACAGUGUUGUCUAUAUCUCUUAAAUCAGUGACUACAAAGACUGCAUACAUGAAUGUCAGAUAUAUCAGUACCAUCUAGAGAACCAUUUUAUGUUUAUUUGAAAUCUACAACCAAACUGGAGCAAGGACGGGACUGUCUCCCUGGAUUACUAUUACAAAACAUUCAUUGUCAGAUAUGAAAACUAUGUCCACGCUAAGCAUUUCGAUGAAGUGAGGAUGUGUCUCAAAUCUUCAGAGCAUUCCAAAGGAGUGAAGAACUUGACAAGGGCUUUCAGUGACUGUGUUCCCUCAGUCAAGGUUUGCACAGAACUUUUUUUUUUUUUGGACAGUCACAGAAUAUGAAGAAUGAAAGUGGAAAUGAAGGGGUUUGGAAAAGCACAUUAUUAUUCCUGCCAUUUCGAAGAAACUAGAGUUAUUUAUUCUGUCUACAGGCCGUGUUAUACUCACCUACUGUAUUAGCACAUGAUACUUCUAACUGAGAUGAGAAAAUAAUGAAGAGCGAUUACUUUUAGACUCAGUUUUAUUGAGGAAAAAUAAUAAAAAGGUAGUAUUGUAUUCCAGGAUGAUUCAGAGCACAGAAUAUUGCUUUUGCACAAAAAUGGAGCCAGUGAGGAACGCAGGAUCCUGGAGAUGCGAGUCCAGCUUUGUCACCGUGUUUCCUGAACAGCUUUACAGCUAAAUGUCCAAACAAAUAACAAAAUUAAAUGAUUUGGGAGCAUUUAUGGAGGCCUAUUUUGUCACAUAA